AUGGAGAGAAUGGGUGCAUAUCUAUCUACACCAAAGACAGAGAAGGAUUCCAGUGAUGGUGAUGGAGGAAGGAUUAGGUAUGGUUCGUGCUCCAUGCAGGGAUGGCGGACCUUCCAGGAGGAUGCACAUAAUUGCCUCCUUGAUUUUGACAAGAACACGUCAUUCUUUGCUGUUUAUGAUGGCCAUGGAGGCUGUGAAGUGGCCGAGUAUUGUUCUCGAAACUUGCCACAGUUCAUUAAAAAAAUUAAAGCCUAUGAACAAGAUGAUAUAGUUCAGGCUUUGGUGGAUGGGUUCAUUGCAUUUGAUGAAACAAUUGCGACAGAGGAAGUGCGAGAGAAGUUAAGGGACCUAGAGGAAGAAAUGGAAUCUUUGAGGAAGUCUGAUACUGAAGAUGUGAUGGAAAGUGGGCCUCAAGGAGGAGAAACAUCAGAUUCCAAUAGCUUGUCAAAAACCUCAUCUGCAGAAGAAACCCUGAAUGAAUCUGGAAAUCCAUGUGUUGUCAGCUCUUCUGAAGAAGAUGCAGAAGUAAGCAAAGAACAGACUUGUGUUGUGAAAAAAGAUCUCAAUGAAGGGAACAUUGAUGAAGUGGAAAUCACUGAGAGUGGUGGCAAGGUGAUGAAUGGAGAUCUCAAGACUGAAGAUGAAACUAGUGCAUACACUUCCCAUGAAGCUAACUCAUACGUUAGUUGUAGUAAUAGCAGCAUGGGGACAAGUGCCAGCAGCUCAAGUACUUCCAGCACUACCACAAAAGUGAAAGGUACUAGCAAAGAACUCAAGAAUGGCUGUUUUCAGUCAGUUGCAUCUAAGUUACUCUCAAAUGCUGACGAGAAGUUAUAUCGAGAAUUCUUAGAAGGAAAAGAAGACAAUGAAGAUGAUGAUGAAAAUGGGGAUGAGACAUUUGCAAUAGAAGAAUCUGACUCCAGUGAUGACAGCGAUGCAGAUAGAGCAUUACCAACCACAACAGGAGAAAACAGUUCAUCAGAAGAUGAUAUGGAAGAGGAAGAGGAAGAAGAAGAAGAAGAAGAAGAAGAAGAAGACACUGAUGAUGAUGAUGAGAUCAUUCGAAUAUCAGGACCAGAAGGACUUGAUGAUCCUGACCGAGAUGAGCCUGGUGUUUGCAGUGGCUGCACUGCUGUUGUUGCCAUCCUUCGUGAUAGACACUUAUAUGUUGCAAAUGCUGGUGAUUCUCGCUGUGUCUUGUCUCGCUCAGGCAAGGCCAUUGACCUGAGUAUUGAUCAUAAGCCAGAAGACAAGGAGGAGUUGGAACGAAUCACAAAAGCUGGUGGGAAGGUGUCCGAAGGAAGAGUCAUGGGUGGCCUGAAUGUUUCUCGUGCAUUUGGUUUUAUGGAGAUGGUUGAUAGUGCUCACAUUGUUCUUGACUUUUCACUGUUGUCAGGUGAUCAUUUGUACAAGAGAAACAAAGAUUUCCCUCUUAAGGACCAAAUGAUAACAGCAGAGCCAACAAUUCAGACUCAUGUAGUGACCUCAGAAGAUGACUUUGUCCUCCUUGCAUGUGAUGGCAUCUGGAAUAGCUAUUCAUCACAGGAAGUUGUGGAUUUUGUGUCUUCACGUCUCAACUCAGGGAAAACUUUGUCCCAAAUCUUAGAGGAGUUAUUUGGUGCCUGUAUUGCUCCAAAUACUUUGGGUGAUGGGAAUGGCUGUGACAACAUGACAGCCAUAAUAAUUCAGUUUGUUCAUGACAAAUGGGACCACCAGGAUGAGGAAGCUGAGCCCCCUAACAAGAAGUUGAAGACAUCUUAAAUCAGUCAAGGAUGACACCCAGUUAAGGGUCAUGUGCAAAACUGUCCUCUGUUCAAGGGGGAAACUAUGAAUAAAUUGCUUUUAUGGCAAUUGCCGUAAUAUAACGCCUAUUACCUGCAUUCUUGUGUCAAACAUUUUGCCAUCUGAUGUCUUUUCCCACUGGAACUUGGAGUCAGUUCUUCAAGCUCUCAGAGCUCUCAGGAUGUCACUGCGACAUUAUUCUUUUUUAUUUCUAUUUUUUUGUUUCCAUUAUGUUUUGAUGAUUUCCAAUCAUGUCUUCUUAUGUUCUACAUGAUAUAUUUGUUGUGUGGAAAACUGAUUAAAUGGUGUUUUACACUGCACUCACAUUUUUUCUGUUAUGAUCCCCA